AUGGCCACUGCUGCAGUGCUGAGCCUAUUGGAUGACCACACCCGGCACGCCGCCUUUGACGCCAGCCUUGCCAAGCUCAAAGCUGCACCACAUGGCAUUGAUAUCAGCGCACUCGACAUUUGCCUUCGACUCCUACCCACCAACGGAUCUGAUGCCGGACCCGCGAGCACCGUGCAGCACGGGCAACUGUGGGACAUCGUUUUAAGCCGCCUAGCCGACGAAUCAUCCUCAGAUCAUCUUUAUAAGGUCGCAGAGUUGUGUCUCAACCGCGAAUCACUUGUAGCAGCUCAUCUCAAGACUGGCCUUUAUGAUGCCCUUGCUCGAUCAAGACAAGACCUUUCUGGGGAUCCCGGAAAGCUCGAGUCUGCAAAGACAUAUCUGCAUUUUCUGAAAUGCUGUUUCUGGGUGCCAGGCGCAGAGGACCACAUGGUGGAUGUCGAUACUCUUAGUUUUCUAUCAGAUUUUCCGGGUACUCAUGGAUUAGACGAGACUGCACACGAAGUCUUAUCCGCUUUUUUCUCGUUGUUGAAGAACAAAAGGGGAAGUUCGCCCAUCGAAAUCGACCGUGUAGUCAAUGAGUCAUUAUGGAACAAACUGAGCACUCUUGAUGCGAAGCGUUUUGCUGCUAGAUCAAGCAAUAUUUACAGAACUUGGUUUCAAUGGAUCUCGCUGGCCGCAUCCAGUGGCCUCAAGUUCGAAUGCGUAAGGAACGAACAAUACUGGAAGAAACUGAGACUUGGUCUCGUCAAAGGCCAUGCAGACCAGCGCAAGUACUGCCUCGGCAUCAUUCGACAGUCUUUCCUGGCCACAACAGAUCGCAUUGAUACUCCAACAAUGCAGUAUACUGCAAGUGGCGUGGACCGAGAAAAGUACGAUCUCUACUCUACCUUGUUCGAGACCAUCGUCCUGCAUCGCUAUACUGGGCAAGUGGAAGACUCUCUCUCAUCAAUGACCAAAUUGCUUGGAUCCGCAAACGCUCUUCCAUCAAAGAUCACUCCGGCAAUGACGACCACUUUGCUCACUGCAGCUCUUGAUCCGUUAAUCCAGGAGAGUGUUAGGAAGAUGAUUGGCCGCUGGUACAUGGACUUUGUCAUCCAGUGUCGUGGUGAUAUCAAUGGCCACAUACACUUUCUCUUUGACGGAUUCCUCCCGUGGGCAACAGAUGGGAGCCUCUUCACUUCAACACUUACUGCCACCCGAACGCAAACUAUCUGUGCCCAUGGAGAGGCUUUAGCCGCUGUUAUCGCACGAUUCGCAUCUGGUACUGAAGACAGUCCAUAUUUUGUCCCUUCGAACGAUGAUAGCACGCAAGAAAUCGGCGUGGAUAACCGCCAUGGGCGUGCCAUCGUAUUGGGCGUAGUUCGAUUCAUCAUGAACGCUCGCGGCCGGUUAUUUCAACCGGCGAUACUGUAUUUACUGAAUGGUCUCAUAUCAGGUCUUACCGCACGAUACAGCAGCUCCUCUCUGUCAGAACACCCGAAUUUCGCGUCAGCCGAUAUUACAGAAAUCCUGAGCCUUGCACGGCUUCCAGGUCUUCCUGAAGUGGCGAGCGAUUUGCAUAGCAUCCAUUGCCGGAAAAUUUGCGAUCUUGUCCGCCCUGACCCAGGGCCUGAGAUGCUGCCAGCUGAGGAAUCUCUACGUGCUCGGUGUGAAAACUUAGAAAAGCAAGUGGAUCAGUCAACAACAUUCUCCACCUCGGAUGACACUACGCCCCUGUCACUACAAAUUUUCCUGAAGGACUUACGUGAGUCAAAGCAUGGCUGCAUUCAGGGCCAGAGGUUUGCGCCUGCUUGCAAGACCUUAAUCAAGCUGCUCGGCCAUAUGGACGUCAACUCUGUCGAUCCAGGUGAGGUUCAUACCGCCUUGGCAGCACUUUGGGAAGAGGCCGAAAUCCGCGAUUUCAUUCGGCCAUUUGCUGUUCACUUGCCACCCUUGAUGUUCCACCCGGCGUGCAUACACAUUUGUAUCACGCAUCACCAAAGAAACAAUGUAGAAUCCGCAACAGAUCUCACAAACCUUUUGUCCAAAGCCAUGUCACAUCUCACAAGGUUAUCCAAGGGUAGGUCCUACGUACUCGCAGGACUUGCAAAAUCACUACGCAAAGCUGCUUUUGCAAAUCCUUCCGUCACAGGUAUUCUUCCCUUUGAAGAUUACAUCUUAGACUUUGUAAACGAUCCUGCAUCCAUCAAGCCAGAGUUUUUGUUCGAGGUCGUGGCUGCUGAAAGACUGCAACGAUAUCUGCCACAUCGAACAUAUACCUCAUAUUAUGGACUACGAGAAUGGCAUGCAUACACAGCUGUCUUGGAUAUUCUACGGCGAUUCCCUGAAGGACAGUUAGGUGUUGCCAAGAGCAUUCUAAAUCGCUUGCUCCAACCCUGGAAAGGUCAACAGCCACCAGUCGCCGUUAAGAGUCCCUGGAAAAAGACUCUACAGCUACAGGCAAUCCUUUUAUUGAGCCAUCGUUGUAUCAGUAAUUCGGAUGCUGAUGCGUAUCUCGAUGGACUCACACAUGCUCUGACACUGGAGUCAUGGCCACGUUAUCGUUAUUUGCUCGAAUGGACAAUAGCUCGCAUCUAUCGUCAGUUCCCAGGAAAGUCUUCAAGAAUUAUCCAGCAGCUGCAGAACUUGGACGAGUACAGUCCUAUGCACAUUGCCAGCUUGAUCAAACUUGGUCUUCUAGUUGCAUCCUAUGAGUCCGAGGUGUUUACCGGCCAGCUUAUGAUGCAGCUCAAUGCAUACUCGGCAAGUCCGAAAGUUCAGAUACGCCACGAGGCGAACUUUGCAUUUCCGCUAGUCUUUGAUCUCGCAAAGAAAAAGGGGUGGAAGACAAUCAUCGAGAAUCCUGCGCUCUUGGCUAUGGAUAACUUUAUCCGACGUCUCGACAAGUUCAGUGCUUCGCCAUGGACGAUAAGAACCUUGAAGGUCGACAUCGAAGCCGACUUCACCAUGGUCGGUAUUUUCCAGGGGCGGUACCUUUCAAUUGAAUCGCCAGAAGAUGAGUUGGUUACAUAUGAAGAUUUCCAAGAGCUUGAGUCGGACGACAAAGCGAUACGUGUCGCCUGUCCCCCUGCAAUCAUACAGUUGGGCACUGCGCCAGGAAAGCAGAAUACUAGCGAUGAGCCAGCGACCGCAGCUCCUUCAGCUGUAUCUAAUGAAGAUCCGAGCGGCCAGAUCACACUACAAACCAAGGCUGGUAUCGACCUAGACAACCUCCAUCCAGCAUCCGGUCCACCAAGCAUACAAAACCGGCGUCCUGCAUCAGUUAUGCUUGUCGCAUCCCUGAUUGACAAUCCCACCAACCUCGGAGGUCUUUCGCGUAUAUCCGAGUCUUUUGGGCUAGAGGCUCUGUACAUCGAUGAUCUCAAGAAGGUUGCACACAAAGACUUCAAGGCUACAAGCGUAAGAUCAGAGAAGCACCUUGCCAUCAAGGAACUCAAAGAAUUGGAUGUUCCUGCAUUCUUGCUGGAAGCAAAGAGCCAAGGAUACGAGGUCGUGGGUAUCGAACAAACAGACCGCAGCGGUAUAUUGGGUUACGAAGGCGUCGAUGGCGCAUACUUGGGUAGUGAUGGUGACACUAUUGAAGUUGUCCGUCGUCAAGACGUUGGAACGCUGCCCAAGAAGUGCUGCCUGGUACUCGGGAGUGAGAAAGAAGGUAUCUCGGCCGAGGUGCUUGCAGUUAUCGAUCGCAACGUGGAAAUAAAGACUGUGGGCGUGACAAGAAGUCUUAACGUGCAGACGGCGGGCGGUAUUGCGCUGUAUGAGUGGUGGAGGGAGUGGGGGGAGAUGUCCAAUUAA